UUGCAUUUCCAUGUUCUGUGUACUGUGGGAGACCAGAUAUAGUGAAUGUAGGGUCCAGGGAGACCAGAUAUAGUGAAUGCAGAGUCCUGGGAGACCAGAUAUAGUGAAUGCAGAGUCCGGGGAGACCAGAUAUAGUGAAUGCAGGGUCCGGGGGAGAGCGGAUAUAGUGAAUGCAGGGUCCGGGGAGACCAGAUAUAAUGAAUGCAGGGUCCAGGGAGACCGGAUAUAGUAAAAUGCAGGGUCCUGGGAAGACCAGAUAUAGUGAAUGCAGGGUCCUGGGGAGACCAGAUAUAGUGAAUGCAGGGUCCUGGGAGACCGGAUAUAGUGAAUGCAGGGUCCUGGGAGACCAGAUAUAGUGAAUGCAGGGAGACCAGAUAUAGUGAAUGUAGGGUCCGGGGAGA